GCGCCCGCCGCGAUGGCGGGCCUCGGCGGCGGCGCGCCCUCCAGCAAUCGCCCGGGCCGCGGCGGGUGCGGCGAGGCGGAGGAGGAGCCGCAAGCGCAGGGCCUCGAGCUGCUCCUGCGGGCCGUUGACGACUUCUGCGGCGCCUGGUUCCCCGACGCCACCGAGCCGGACGCGGUGCAGCCCUUCUGGUUCGCGGCGGGCUACCCGCGGCAGCGGAAGUUCUUCAGGACCGAAGCUGUGCAGGCGCUUCGAGCAGCCCCUCGAGCUCGCGCUGCAGGCCGAGCCGGCCUCCCUGCGCAGCCUGGAUGGGGCGUGCUCCGCCUCUGCGUCUUCCUGGACCAGCAGAGCCGCAACGCGCGGGCCGUCGCCCAGGGCCCCGCCGAGGGCAAGGCGGCGCCCGACGAGCCGCCCGGGCCCA